CUUCAUCUCCCUUCUCUCAACAAAUAACAUCGCUAGCUUUCUAAGCUCACAUAUUUUGGUGUUCCAAGUGCGGAGUUAGAUUCCCACAUUAAUUUCGUAAUGGCAGAUGUUCAAAUGUGUGACGCCGAGACCUUCGCAUUCCAGGCUGAGAUCAACCAACUCCUCAGCCUCAUCAUCAACACCUUCUACAGCAACAAGGAGAUUUUCCUCCGUGAACUCAUCAGUAAUGCCUCCGACGCUCUGGAUAAAAUUCGAUUUGAGAGCCUCACCGAUAAGACGAAGCUUGAUGCUCAACCAGAGCUUUUCAUUAGACUCGUUCCUGACAAGGCUAACAAGACUCUCUCCAUCAUUGACAGUGGCGUUGGCAUGACCAAAGCAGAUUUGGUGAACAAUUUGGGAACCAUUGCGAGGUCUGGGACGAAGGAAUUCAUGGAAGCGUUACAGGCUGGGGCUGAUGUUAGCAUGAUUGGCCAAUUUGGCGUUGGUUUCUACUCUGCUUACCUUGUUGCUGAGAAGGUCAUUGUGACCACCAAGCACAAUGACGAUGAACAGUACAUUUGGGAAUCACAGGCUGGUGGAUCCUUCACUGUGAUCAGGGAUGUGAAUGGUGAACAAUUAGGAAGAGGAACUAAGAUUACCUUGUUCCUCAAGGAGGAUCAGUUGGAGUAUUUGGAGGAGAGAAGGAUUAAGGAUCUUGUGAAGAAGCACUCUGAAUUCAUUAGCUAUCCAAUUUACCUCUGGACUGAGAAGACAACUGAGAAGGAGAUCAGUGAUGAUGAGGAGGAUGAUGAGUCCAAGAAGGAGAAGGAAGGAGAAGUUGAGGAUGUUGAUGAAGAGAAGGAGAAGGAUUCUAAGAAGAAGAAGAUUAAGGAGGUUUCUCAUGAGUGGGAACUCAUCAACAAGCAGAAACCAAUCUGGCUGCGAAAGCCAGAGGAGAUUACCAAGGAUGAGUAUGCUUCCUUCUACAAGAGCCUCACCAAUGACUGGGAAGACCACUUGGCUGUCAAGCAUUUCUCAGUGGAGGGUCAGCUUGAGUUCAAGGCCAUUCUAUUUGUUCCCAAAAGGGCACCUUUUGAUCUGUUUGACACAAGAAAGAAGAUGAACAACAUCAAGCUUUAUGUGAGGAGGGUGUUCAUCAUGGACAAUUGUGAGGAGCUGAUUCCUGAGUAUCUUGGGUUUGUCAAGGGUGUGGUUGACUCUGAUGACUUGCCACUCAACAUUUCCAGGGAGAUGCUGCAGCAGAACAAGAUCUUGAAGGUGAUCAGGAAGAAUCUUGUGAAGAAAUGCAUUGAGAUGUUCAACGAGAUCGCGGAGAAUAAAGAGGAUUACAACAAAUUCUAUGAUGCUUUCUCCAAGAACUUGAAGCUGGGUAUCCAUGAAGAUAGUCAGAACAGGGCUAAAUUGGCUGAUUUGCUGAGAUACUAUUCUACAAAGAGUGGAGAUGAGUUGACUAGUCUCAAGGACUAUGUUACCAGAAUGAAGGAGGGGCAGAAGGACAUUUACUAUAUCACAGGAGAGAGCAAGAAGGCUGUGGAGAAUUCACCAUUCUUGGAGAGGCUGAAAAAGAAGGGGUAUGAGGUGCUGUUCAUGGUGGAUGCAAUUGAUGAGUAUGCUGUUGGGCAAUUGAAAGAGUAUGAUGGGAAGAAGUUGGUUUCUGCUACUAAGGAGGGAUUGAAAUUGGAUGAUGAAAGCGAGGAAGAGAAGAAGAAGAAAGAGGAAAAGAAGAAGUCAUUUGAGGAUCUUUGCAGGACAAUGAAGGACAUCUUGGGAGACAGAGUUGAGAAAGUGGUUGUCUCUGACAGGAUUGUGGAUUCACCCUGCUGUUUGGUGACAGGGGAAUACGGAUGGACUGCGAACAUGGAGAGGAUCAUGAAGGCUCAGGCGUUGAGGGAUAGCAGCAUGAGCAGCUACAUGUCGAGCAAGAAGACCAUGGAGAUUAACCCGGAUAAUGGGAUCAUGGAGGAGCUGAGGAAGAGGGCUGAAGCUGAUAAAAAUGAUAAAUCAGUGAAGGAUUUGGUGUUGCUUCUCUUUGAGACUGCACUCUUGACUUCUGGUUUCAGCCUUGAUGAUCCAAACACAUUUGCUGCUAGAAUUCACAGGAUGUUGAAGCUUGGUCUUAGCAUUGAUGAGGAGGAGACUGGUGGAGAUGAAGAUAUGCCUCCACUGGAGGAGGAUGGUGCUGAGGAGAGUAAGAUGGAGGAAGUUGACUAAGGAUAUAUCAUAUAUCAUGUAAGUAUGGUGGCAGAUGCAUUGUGUCUGAAAGUCUGUCUACAAAGUUUAGUGUGUUAUAUUCUUUCUUGGUCUUUGGUUUAUAGUUUUGUGUUGUCAAAAUGUGUUAUGAUGAGCCUAAGCUGAUUUUGUACUACUAGAACAAACAUCAAUGAAGCUGAUCUGUGUAUGUCUUCCA